AUGGUCCUAGCUGCUACAGUUUCGAUCAUCGCUGACCUUCCUGGCAUGGUUGAACCUUUAGAAACAUUCACUCAGGCAAUCUGGAUAGAAACUGACAACAAGAACGCCACUGACAUCGGCUGGCAGCCAUAUCCUGUAGUGUCUUCAACCAGGCGCAGUGGGAUCACGCGGUUCCCAUCCUGGAAGCGAGUAGCACCGACAGCACCCAAGCAUUUCGUGACCUACUUCAUACUCCCCGCCAAGUCAACCCGCAGUGGUACGUUCCAAGAACAAAUUCUGCGUAUGGGACAGUUAUCUCCAUUGAACAAACCUGAAUGCAUAGGAAGAGACAAAAUCUACGACGGCAGCACUCGAAAACCUUAA